AUAUCAUAUUUGAUCUAUUCCACUCCGUCAGAUUCUUUGACACUAUUUUGUUACAUUAUUGCUAGUGUUCAAAUUCCCCCUGAUCUCAGUCAGUCCCCCACUCACCUUUUUGACCAUUCCCUAUGCAGCCUCCUUGUCCUUGAUCUACUUUCAUACAACCCCACAUUGACUCAUUAUUGGUUUCUUUGAUCUGUCGGUCCAACACCCUAUUUCCUCUAAAAUAAAACCCCAACAUAUCUCCAUUUCUUGAUCUUAGCUCAAAUUUUAGUUUUAAUGGAGGAGUCAUCAUCUUCAGCUUCACAAGGAGAGCUAAUUUCUUCAUCUUCAAAAUCUGUUUCAAGAACUGGCACUCCAAAUAUGGUUAUGGGAAAACAUCGUCUGGUUGCUGCAAUUGCUUCUCUCAAUCAGCAAAUCCAGAUCAUUCAGGAUGAAUUGGAUCAACUUGAUUCAUUUGGUGAAGCCUCCAUUGUUUGCAGAGAACUAGUUUCAAGCGUUGAGUUAAUGCCCGAUGCUCUGCUUCCAGUGACAAGAGGACCAAUAAAUGUUCAUUUGGAUCGAUGGUUUCACGGAGCCAAUGACUCAAGACGCAACAAACGCUGGAUAUGAAAAUGAAUUCAGAGUUAAGACCUUUAUUCCUCACCAACUUGUAACAGAGAUUAAGUAAAGCAAUUCGAAUAACUUCUUCUUUUUUGGUUUAUUUUGUAAUUAGAGGUAUUAAUAACAAUGUUACCGAGUAAGGAGCCAUGGCCCGUGGCUAUUUAAAGAAACCUUUACUUCUUGCA